AUGUCCCCCGGCGCACAGGCCGGGAUUGUGGUCGGUGUCCUCGGCAUUGCUGCCAUCAUGCUUGGGCUUGUUUUCUUCUGGCUGCACCGUAAAAAGCGCGCCUUGCAAAGGGCUCUUCGCCCCGAAAAGUAUCUCCCGCCAGAUGACAAGUGCAACCCGGUUUCCAAAUUCGCCUCUGGUCUCUAUACUAGCAGCACGUCGACUAUUUUAACUGUAGCGGAGAUGUUCAAGCAUCCGAGCAAGGAGCGCGCGACCUCCAUCACCGACGCAGGCAGCAGCAUCUACUCCACCAACCAGACGCACGGCGGCUACCGCACCUCGAACACCGUCUGGCUGUGGAAGCACCGGGUGGCCACAUUCGCCGACCGGACGUACAGCGCCACAUCAACGGCUCUGCACACCAUUGCGGAGAAGCUCCACGCCGUUCCCAAAACGGAGGAGCCAUGCUCCGACACCAGCAGUCGACACUCGCACGGCUACAUCUUCGCGCAGGAAUUCCGGCACCUGCCCCCGCCGCCGCCCCCGAAACCAGCCAGAGUCCAGAAGAUCGUCUCCCGCCUAUACCACAGCCACGGUUCCAUCGCCAAGCCCGCAGCGGGCAAGCUCAGGUCCCUCGAGAUGAACAACGCUGCGUCACCCUGGAGCAGCAUGAGCGGUCGCAACCGGUACCAGGUGGAAUAUGACCAACACCAGUUUCCGCCACCGUGCGAGACCCCCGAUGCGCUGGACCUGGUCAAGGUGCGCAGCGUCUCAUCCGGAACCGUCGCUCUCAGUGAUCCCGCCGCUAUCAGCGUGGAUGCGUUGGCAGGCCGCAUCUCCGGCGAGAAUCUGCCCCCGCAGCAGAUGCGGAGCGCCAAGAGCGCGAGUCCCGCCCCAUCCCACCGCUCCCCAACGCAAAUGGAAGUCCCGUCCGUGAAGCUGUGGACGACGCAGAUAUUCCGCGUGGAGAUGGAUUUCGCGCCCCGCCACGACGGACACCUAGCGGUCCGCGAGGGACAGGUGGUGCGACUCGAGCAGAUCUUUGACAAUGGAUGGGCACUGUGCGUCCUUCUCGAGACCGAUACGCAAGGCCUCCUCCCGCGCGCGUGCCUAUCCACCUGGCCAAUCAAGGAACGCCGCCACUACGCGCCCAGCAGCACGUACUCCGAGCGCGCAGGCGUCUCCCCGACGGAUUCGCAGUCCAUCCGGUUCUACCGACAGCAUUCGCGGCCGAGCACGCCGAAGCCGUCGAGUGUGAAGAAACAGGCGAUUUCGGCGUCGUUGUCGACGGUCUUCUGCGUUUAA